AUGGACGAUGACGAGAGACCCGCGGAGUUCGCGGUCCACGACCUAUCCCCUCGCACGCGAUCAGGCAGCGCAAGCAGCCACAAACGAAGCCUUUCCGGUUCCCUCCUCUCGAAACUUUCCUUUCUCCGCAUGAGCCAGGGAGGACACAUCUCCCCGGACCAACAUCACCUAGAGAUGGACCACGAUGACAACAGCGAGGACUUCCGGUCCCGCAUACCGCAGAGCAUAAGCAAAGGAGGAACAGCUAGUAGCCGGGCAAUGUCCGCCGCUCUCGCACAAAAUCGAACGCGCCGGCGCCGUGGAUCCCUUCGCAAGACCGCACUGCUAGGAACUAGGCUCGAAUCGCGCGACAAAAGAGCCACCGCCAAAGCCGCCGAAGCUCUUGAAGCCCUCCGCGCAGAACCCAGCCGAAUUCCCGCCGAUCUACAAGAGCCUAUAAUAUCACAAACCCAAAUUUCUCCUAGUAAUGGACUUCCACCACACCCACCGCGCAAGAGUGAGGUCUUCGACGACGAUGGCGAUGUCGCCCAACAGCCGACCUGGUUCCACACAGCAACUAUCCAGAAACCCGUCCGACCACCAAUAACUCGCCGGCGCCAGGGUUUCACACAGCACAAUCACCAUGGUCAACACUUAGCCAUCGAUAACGAAGAUCUCGUCUCCUUCCCUCGUCUCCACGCGAGCUCACACUCCACAGCAGCCGGCCCAGGCACCAGCCCCAAAAUGAGCACCUCAGCUGGCUUGCAUAUCUCUCGGCCAUCCUCCACCUCGGGCUCUUUCUACUCGCUCCAACCACAGCCCGAACCGGCAUACAUGCCCGUGCACCGACACAAAUCCUCGCCCCUGGUUACACACCCGGUCGAGAUGAAGAGUAGUCCGGACGUAGAUGUGGACUACUCCGAGACCGAGUGGUGGGGCUGGAUUAUACUGAUUGUAACGUGGCUUGUGUUUGUUGUGGGAAUCGGAAGCUGCUUUGGGGUCUGGAGCUGGGCUUGGGACGUUGGAGAGACGCCGUAUGCACCGCCUGAGUUGGAAGAUGACCCUACUUUGCCCAUUGUUGGGUAUUACCCUGCACUUAUCAUUCUCACAGCCGUUAUGUCUUGGGUGUGGGUUGUUGUUGCCUGGGUUGGUAUGAAGUACUUCAAACAUGCCAACAUAUCCGGGGACGAUAUUUGA